UCUCUCUCUCUCUCUCUCUCUCUCUUUCUCUCCACGACUUCUCUUUCACUCUUCUACUUCUUACGCAGAAUUCAUCCAUUCUGCUUCCCGGCGGCCAUCGGCCAUUGUCGGAAUCUGCUUCCGGUUCUUAGUCGCAUUCUUCUUAGAUUUCAUUCCACAGUGAUACCUAUCAAUUUGGUGGCAAAUCGAGCGAAGAGUAGAAUGUUAUUAUUAUUGGUCUAAUCAAAUCAUCGCUGGAUUGGAUGAAUGCGGCCAUUUUUUGAGGUUUUUCUUUUCAGAUCUCUCUCUAGGUGUAUUAUACUACUCACGAUUCAUCAAACAAUGAUCAAUUAUUGAAAUUGCUGUUCAUCAUCAGUCAUCACCUUGGUGGAUUUGGUAUAUCUUUUCCCACAAUUAAAAUAAUUCAUCAAUGUUCGUGGGUUAGGAUUCACCAGUUUUACAGGGAAUAUUAUUUUAUCAAACAUAUUUAGGGUUUAAAUAUUCGGAUCAGCCCUAAAAACGUCUUUCAUCAAGAGAGAGCGCGGGGGAGGCUGAAACGGUUGCUGAUGGUAUCAAAAUGGUCAGACUAAUCGUAGGUGACGAGAAAUGCAAAUGUAGAGAGGAAACACUGAAUGUGAAUAUGAUUUUUGUGGAGAAGUCGAAUCAAAUUGUGUUUAGGGCUGGGAUGAAGGUUUGGAUGAAAAGAGUCUUGUUAACGAUGUUACUGUGGAUUGGUUUGGUUCAACUAAUGGCGUUGGAUGAAACAUGGAGACCUAGACUAUUGAAAAGUUGGCCUUCUUGUUCUGGUCAUUCUGAUGUGUCUUCUUCAGAUGAUACUUUGUCCUCUGUUCCUCACAUAACUUCUCCUCCUCCAAAAAGAAUCUACAAGAAUAAUGGUUAUCUCAUGGUUUCUUGCAAUGGAGGACUCAACCAAAUGCGAGCAGCAAUAUGCGAUAUGGUCACUAUUGCAAGAUAUUUGAAUGUCACACUUAUUGUCCCAGAGCUAGAUAAAACUUCCUUUUGGGCUGAUCCAAGUGAUUUCCAAGAUAUAUUUGACGUUGAUCAUUUUAUUACCUCUUUGAGGGGUGAGGUUAGAAUACUAAAAGAAUUACCUCCAAGGCUCAAACGGAGAGUGGAAGUGGGAAAAGUUUACUCCUUACCACCCAUUAGUUGGUCAGACAUAUCCUACUACAAAAAGGAGAUUCUUCCUUUAGUGAAGAAGUAUAAAGUUGUUCAUCUGAACAGAACUGAUUCGCGACUAGCUAAUAAUGGGCUGGCGCCAGAGAUUCAGAAGUUACGUUGCAUGGUGAAUUUCCGAGGUUUGAGAUUCACAUCUCGGAUUGAGGAAUUGGGUAGAAAGCUUGUCAAGAUUCUGAAGAAGAAUGGACCCUUUGUUGUCCUCCAUCUUAGAUAUGAAAUCGACAUGCUAGCCUUUUCGGGUUGCACUCGUGGUUGUACAAACGAUGAAGUCGAUGAAUUAACUCGAAUGAGAUAUGCUUAUCCAUGGUGGAAGGAGAAAGUGAUAGAUUCUGAGAUAAAAAGGAGAGAAGGUUUAUGUCCAUUGACACCUGAAGAGACUGCUUUAAUAUUGAGGGCAUUUGAUAUUAAUCCAAAAUAUCAAAUUUACAUUGCUUCUGGAGAAAUCUACGGUGGACAAAAACGAAUGGAAAGCUUGGCGGCCACUUUCCCCCAAUUGGUGAACAAGGAAACCCUUUUGGAAUCCUCAGACUUGAGGGUUUUCCAGAACCAUUCUUCUCAGAUGGCUGCAUUAGACUAUUUGGUAUCUCUUGAAAGCGACAUAUUCAUACCAACUUAUGACGGAAACAUGGCUAAAGUUGUUGAAGGACAUCGCAGAUAUUUAGGGUUCAAGAAGACAAUUCAAUUGAACGGGAAGGUUUUGAUUGAUUUGAUGGACAGAUAUAGUAAUGGGCUACUUAGCUGGGACUCAUUCUCAUCAAUGGUUAAGGAAGCACAUUCGGGGCGAAUGGGUAGACCUAGAAAACGUGUUGUUAUCAAGGAGAGACCGAAAGAGGAGGAUUAUUUUCACGCCAAUCCUCAAGAAUGCUUACUACAACAAGAAGAAGAGACAGAUCAUGUGAUGUAUAUAUGAGGAGACCGAAGUUAGGAUUGUUUUGUUCCACAUGGGAAUACUGCCAAGGUUUGAGUGAAGGGCUGUCGUCGAUUUGGCCUCCUCAAGACUCGAAAAUUUUACCCAAGCAUUGAAUUUUGCUAGUUCACAUUGCUGAGUAUAUAUAUUUGAGAGGGUUCAAAAAUUCAAAAAUUGACCAUUCUUAGUUUAUAUGCCUUGAUUGAUACAUUAUAUUAUACACUUGUAGUCACCUUUGGGUAUGCACUAGCUUAGUUUUUUUUUUGAACUCCACUUAGUUCAGGUUGUUCUUAAAUGAAUUAGUUUAUUAACAACUCUUUUUCUUUUCU